UUAAAACAAAUAUGAUAUUGGAUCGUGAAGGUAUGCGGGAGCGUUAUGACCUGGUGGUACUCUCCUCACAACCCACAUACCCCAUAGAAGUACGCAUCACGGUAUUGGAUAUUAAUGAUAAUGCCCCUGAGUUUCCGGAACCAAGUAUAGCUGUGUCAUUUUCCGAAAGUGCGGCAAAGGGAACGAGAUGCCUCUUGGAUGCUGCCACCGAUUUGGACUUGGGUAUUAACAGUGUGAGCAACAAUUAUUCCAUUGUGGAGGGUAAUAUCGAUAAUAAAUUUAGCCUGGCCGUUACCUCAAACCCCAGUGGUGAUGUUUCGUAUUUACAUUUGGAAACGACGGGAGAUUUGGAUCGUGAAACGCGAUCUAUGUAUCGUUUAAAUAUCUCCGCAGUGGAUGGUGGUAAGCCACCGAAAUAUGGGUUCCUGCAGGUCAAUGUUAGCAUAAUUGAUGUGAAUGAUAAUCCGCCGGUUUUCGAUCACAGUGAUUAUAUUGUGUCGCUCAAUGAAUCGGUGAGUCCGGGAAGUACGGUUUUGCAGGUCAUGGCCACGGAUAAGGAUUUGGGGGAUAAUAGUAAAAUCACCUAUUAUUUGGCGGAGACGGAAACCCAAUUUACUGUGGAUCCAGAGACGGGAGUGAUCUCCACAACGGAACAUUUAAAUUGUCCACAGCAGACGUGUCCCACCUUUUCCCGGCCGGGUGGUUCCUGCCCCAAGAGUUGUGUUUUUACGGUGUUCGCUCGAGAUCAUGGUUCCCCCAGGCAGGAUGGCAGGGCCUAUGUCACAGUGAAUCUUUUGGAUACCAAUGAUCAUGAUCCGGUUAUACGGUUUCAAUAUUUCCCGGCCACGGGAUCCUUUGCCACGGUAGAUGAAAAUGCCCUGAAUGGUAGUGUGGUGGCUGCUGUGUCCGUGGUGGAUAUGGAUGAGGGGCUGAAUGGAGAGACUACCAUAAUGAUAACCGCGGGCAAUGAAUUGGGACAUUUUCGUUUGGAAAAGACACCCUCGUUUGAUAUUGUUAGGGUUAAUGGUGUCUUGGAUCGUGAGGAGAUUGGAAAAUAUAAUCUGACCGUGGUGGCCACGGAUAAGGGUACACCCUCGAGAACGGCCACGGCUUAUUUGAUUAUCCAUGUAAAUGAUGUUAAUGACCAUGAACCGGUUUUUGAAAAAUCUGAAUAUACGGCGAUUUUAAGUGAAUUGGCUCCGCCGGGAUCAUUUGUAGCCUCCAUUGCUGCCACCGAUGAGGACACGGGGGUGAAUGCCUUGAUUUUCUAUGACUUUGUAUCGGGUAACACCAAUCAAUGGUUUGCAAUAGAUUCCGCCACGGGUUUAAUUACCACCCAAGCAUCGCUGGAUCGUGAGGUUGAGGGCUCUGUGGAAUUGAGCAUUUCCGCUCGAGAUGGUGGCCCCAAUCCCAAGUGGGCUUAUACCCAGCUGAAGGUUACCAUUUUGGAUGAAAAUGACGAAGCACCCCAAUUUACCCAACCCCAUAUCAAUGUCAGUCUGAGCGAAGCGACACCCCUGCACAGCUUAAUUGCCAUGUUAACAGCCAAUGAUCACGAUCAGGGCACAAAUGGUUCAGUGACUUAUACGCUGGCCACGGUCACCGAACGUCAAUAUCCCGAACAAUUCCAGCUAGACACACUAACUGGCCAAUUAACGACGAAAAAAGCACUAGAUCGUGAAUUACAAGCGAAUUAUGAAAUUUUCGUAAUCGCACGUGAUCAGGGUACACCGCCGAAAUCGUCGACGGCCACUGUGUAUCUGCACAUAGAAGAUGUCAACGAUAAUGCACCAGAAUUUUAUCCGAAAAUGUAUUUUCAUGCGUUGGCGUUGCCAGGCAGUACAACAGCAACAACAAUGGCAAAUAGUAAUGGUGUUACAUCGGCUACUGCAUCCUCUGCUUCGGCCUCACAAGCUCCUGACAUUGUAAACAUGCUGCAGAGGCCAUUAUUAAAAGUUUUUGCUACCGAUCGUGAUGAGGGUGAUAAUGCCUUAAUUACUUAUACCUUAAAUACAGGUGGUGAUGGUUUAUUUGUUGUCGAUACAUGGUCAGGUUCGAUCAUGUUCAGCUCUAAGGUUAUAAAUGCAGUCACAACUAACUCACGAGUCGGCAGCGGCACAUCUUCAUCCUCCUCCUCUUUGCCAGAUAUUUUACAUCAUUUUACCAAGCCCUUGUACAAGCUACACAUAACCGCCAAAGAUCGUGGUGAAAGGCAAAGCGAACAAGAUGCUGUGGUGGAGAUAAUACUGCAGGAUAAAUUACAAACAUUGGAAUUUGAUUCGUAUUCGCAAACCUAUGAAUUUCAGCUAAGCGAAGAUAAUGGCAAUGAGUCGCCGCAAUUGAAUCGGGAAGUGGGCCAGGUCCAAAUAAAGGCAACGCAGCAGGCAGCCUCCUCUGAGGCCUUGGAAUAUUUUAUAGUAUUCGGAGAUCCAGAAGAAAAUUUCCUGAUCAAUAAAAAAUCGGGUAUGAUAACCACCCAAAAAGCCAUAGAUCGUGAACAGCGGAACCAAUAUCAAUUGGAAGUGGUGGCAAGGCGGGGCCUGGCCUAUGGCAAAUGUUUGGUACACAUUUCCAUAUUGGAUGUUAACGAUAAUCGCCCAAUCUUCGCCCUGGAUCGUGAUGAUGAAAUAAGUUUACCCGAAAAUGCCGCCGUCGGUCAGGAGGUUUACAUUGCCCGGGCGCGGGAUAGGGACUCUGGAAACAAUAGUCGCAUAACUUAUACGCUCAGUUUUAAUCCGGAUAUGUUAUUUCGUAUUGGACCCUCAACGGGAGUGAUUUAUUUACAAAAACCUCUAAAAGCGGAACCAGGGACAUCUAUGCAACUGGAACUAACCGCAACGGAUCAUGGCAGACCCACACUAUCGAAUAAACACACAAUUACCAUACUCAUUAGGGAUGUCAAUGAUCACACGCCAGUGUUUGAUAGUACUUCGUACGAAACUUCACUUCUCGAAUCCACCCGGGUCAAUGAACGUUUCUUUUCCGUGAAGGCCCAUGAUCGUGACUUGGAGCUGAACAGCCGCCUCUCCUAUGAAAUUAUUGAAGGUAAUUUGGCUCAAAAAUUUGGCAUCUUCCCCGAUGGCUAUCUCUUUGUACGUUCUCCCCUGGAUCGGGAGGAAAAAGAUUACUAUGCUCUCACGGUGAAAUGUCAGGAUGCAGGAGAACCGCAAAGGACCUCCGAGGUGCCAGUUAUAAUACAUGUUAUCGAUGAAAACGAUAAUGCUCCUCAGUUCAGUAACAGCUCCUUUAUCUUCAGUCUACCGGAAAAUGAACCAGCCGAUGCUUUUGUGGGUAAACUCACCGCGAUGGAUAAGGAUAUUGGUAGAAAUGCGGAAUUGAUCUAUACCUUGGCCUCGCCCAUCAAAGAAUUUACUAUAGAUUCGCGGAAUGGUUUCAUUAAGGCCCUACGACCCUUUGAUCGUGAGGAAUUGAUACAACGCAUGCCAUCAAGUGGAGGAUCCUCAACAGCCAUUGGGGGACCCUUGGCGGGAUAUCAAAAUUUCAUUCUGCUCGAGGCCAUAGUGGCGGAUAAUGGCACACCGCGCCUUAAAGAUAAAGUAAAAAUCAAAAUCAUUAUCACCGAUGUCAAUGAUAAUGCACCGGAAUUUGUCCGAGCUCCCUACAGGGUGCAAAUAUCCGAAGGCUCUCUGGUGGGGACACAAAUAAUGCGGGUCUAUACCAACGAUUUGGAUGAGGGUUUAAAUGGUGAUGUUUAUUACUCCAUUGUGAAAGGGAAUCAGGAGGGACGCUUUGCCAUAGAUGAUGCCACGGGUCAGCUAUCUUUGGCCAGGAAAUUGGAUCGGGAAUACCAAGAUGAAUAUCAGCUGCUAGUUAUGGCCAAAGAUGCUGCCAUCGAAGGGCAACAAUUGAACAGCACAACAACCGUUACCAUUGAGGUCCUCGAUGAAAAUGAUGAGACCCCUAAGUUCGUGGAUACCCUCAAGGAAAUAACAGUGCGAGAAACCUCCCUUGUCGGCACGGAGUUGAUGCGCUUCAAGGCCUUGGAUUCUGAUUUGGGUAUUAAUUCGCAAAUAUCCUUUUCCCUUACGGCCGGAAAUCGCAAGGACACCUUUCACAUAGAUUCCUAUAGUGGCAUACUCUACCUCCACAAAGCCCUGGACUACGAAGAGACUACGGUGUAUCACUUAAAUAUCACAGCUUCGGAUGGUGGUUCCCCACCACUCUCAAGUACCAUAAUUUUUACCGUUAAUGUCCAGGAUGAAAAUGAUAAUCCUCCAAUCUUUCCGAACACAGCCAUUGUAAGGCAAAUCAAGGAGGGAAUUGAUUUACGCACACCCAUAGUUACAGUGACCGCUGAAGAUCCGGAUUCCGCCCUCAAUGGCAAUGUUACCUAUAGCAUUGCCAAACAAGAUCCUGAGCUGCCGGGAGGUCGUCACUUUGGCAUUAAUACCCAAACUGGAGUUAUACACACCCUACGUGAAAUCGAUCGGGAAACAAUUGAUACUUUUCGCCUGACCGUGGUGGCCACCGAUCAGGCCCAGAAACCCGAAAUGCAGUUGUCUGCCGAAAAAUUAGUCACAGUCAUUGUGGAGGAUAUCAACGACAAUGCUCCCGUUUUCAUAUCCAUGAAUGCUGCCAUCCUGCCCUCAAAAAAUCAACAAAUGUAUGCCCAAAAUCGGGAUGGUGCCCUGAUCAUGUAUGUCCACGCCACAGAUGCCGAUUCUUCUAGUAAUGGUAUUGUUACCUAUGAACAUGUAUUCGGUCACAUGGAUCUCUUUAAGCUACAUCGCAAUACAGGGGCCAUAACCCUAAGGAAACCCAUUACCAAACCGGAAGUACGUUAUCAACUCUCGUUGAAAGCCACCGAUGAAGCCGUGCAAAGUGAACGGAAAAGUACCGAUGCCUACAUAACCAUAAUUGCAACAAGUCCCUCGGGCGUAAUGGGACCGGUAUUUGAUCAGCUGGAACAAAGUGGCUCCGUUUAUGAAAAUGAACCGAUCGGUACAAGCAUCUUAACGGUUAGUGCUCGUUUAAAUUCGGCGGAAAUUGAAUAUUAUGUUACGAACAUAACGGCGGUGAAUACGGGUACGACGAAUUCCUUAACGAUAACGGGUACGGAUUCGAAAACGUAUGUGAAUGAACGGUUAUUUGAUAUUGAUACCAGAUUGGGAAUACUAUCAACAGCUAAGGAGCUAGAUCGUGAGGCAGGUGCCGAUAUGUACGAGGUGGAGGUGUAUGCGAUAGCAUUAGGCGGUAGUCCAAGGACCACAAGUACUAAGGAACAGCAACAACUAUGGCAGCAACGUCUACAUCAUCUUGAGCAUCUCAACAGCAAAACAUUAGCUAAGGUUACUCACUACUGGCAGGCUCUAGUUGGUGAUGGUGGUGCUAGUGCUGCAGCUCCUGCUUCUCCUGUUGUUGCUGUUAUUGUUAACAUUGCAACGCAUUUAUUAGCCUUAAGCUAA